AUGAAAACAUUGAGUGAGAAAAAGCAGUUUCAAGAAGCGAUUGAUUUUUUCAACAAACAUGAUGAUCGAAAAGAUGGUCGAAACAUUUCGGAUGCAGCUAUUAAUCAGGCAUUGAAAUCCGUCACUAAUAUCAAAGAUUUAACACGCGGUUUCGAUAUUGAUCGACGAUACUCGUCCCGAAUUGAGAAAGAAGCUUUCACGAUCUACAAAGAGAACAAUGGCAUCGAAAUCAACUCAGUUAUUUAUCUUCUAUUAAUCAAUGCAUGUAGUCAAAUUGGAAUACUUUCGGUAUCGGAACCAAUCUACGAUGAGAUUCCCGUUGAGCAUCUUAAUAAUGAUCUUUUCAUUCGAAAUGCAUUAAUUGACAUGUGGAAUAGAAUAGUAUCGGCGACAGUUUUGUUGAGCAAUAUUUAUGCAUCAAUUGGUGAUGUGGAAAAGUCAGCCGAUAUUAAAACCAAUUUGAGUCUUGCUGGUUUGAACAAGAAAAGCGGUGUGGCCUGGACACAAACCAACGGACAAAUUCAUACAUUUCGUGCACAUGAUCGAUCGCAUCCACGUUUAUCGGAAAUUCCGGAAGAAAUUGAGAAAAUAUCGAAAGAGAGCGUGGACAUCAACCUGAUGCAUGUUUGUUGUAAAUCCAAAUACUAA